UUAUGCAUGAGAUAUCUACGAAUUGGUGCACAUUUUUGCAGACAUACAGGGAUUUCUUCCAAACACUCUGAGUGUAUGUGAUUCUAAUGUAAGGCGCGUGGUUAUCAGUGGACUUUGAUGUCAUGAAUGGGCUUCCUGGAUCAGCUGGAGGCUGUCACUUGUUGGACUGAACUCCGCUGAAGGCUGACAGAGCGCACGUAAUGAUCGCUGCGCGUCACUGACGCGCUGUCGCUCGCCUGGAGACUGGAGCAGAGCUGACUGACACUAUUCUGAGCGCGCCAAGUGAAAGGAAGGCAGAAACAUGGCUGGUUUGAUGGCAGGUUUUGGUCAUUACACCCACGCGAUCGUCCGGGGAAUCCCUGCGUCGCUGGCCACGGAGGCGCUCAGGACCAGCCAGGCGGAGGUGGACCUGGACAAGGCGCGAGGGGAGCAUGACGCGUACGUGCAGGUCCUGCGGACGAGGCUCGGGCUGGAGGUGGUGGAGCUCCCCGCGGACGAGGCGCUCCCGGACUGCGUGUUCGUGGAGGACGCGGCCGUGGUGUGCGGGGACACGGCGCUCAUCACCAGACCCGGGGCCGAGAGCAGGAGGGGAGAGACCGAGGCAAUGAAAGAAGCUUUAAAGGAUCUCAAAAUGAACAUUGUGGAAAUUACAGACGAGAAUGCAACUCUGGAUGGAGGAGAUGUUCUCUUUACAGGGAGAGAGUUCUUUGUGGGGCUCUCCAAACGGACCAAUCAGAGGGGAGCAGAGAUUCUUGCUGAUGCCUUUAAGGACUAUGCUGUUUCCACUGUGCCGGUGCUGGAAGGGCUGCACCUGAAGAGCUUCUGCAGCAUGGGGGGACCCGGCCUUAUAGUCAUCGGCUCCAGUGACCACGCUCAGAAAGCCCUCAAGAUUAUGCAGCAAAUGAGCGACCAUCGCUAUGACAAGCUGACCGUGCCCGACGACCUCGCCGCGAACUGCAUCUACAUGAACCUGCCUAACAAGGGCCACGUGCUCCUGCACUGCACGACGGAGGAGUUUCCAGAGAGCGUUAAGGUCUUUGAGAAGUUAAAGGACCACAUGCUGAUCCCCGUGUCCAAUCUGGAGAAGGUCAAGUUGGACGGGGCCCUGACUUGCUGCUCUGUGCUCAUCAACAAGAAGAAACCCGACAACUGAGCAUGCUCACGAGCGGUCCGUCAGUGCGAGGCAGCUAAACGAAACCUGUCUCUACUCAUUAUAGAGCCAAGAUUUAAAAAUAGACAAAAUAACAACGCAGAGCACUUAAAAUGUAUAGAAUAAAACCAAAUUCAUAGGAAAUGAAAGAAAUCAGACUUAUUUUGAUCUUUGCACAGCGUGACAUGAUUUAAAACUUAAUCAUAGGAUACAAAAGAAUGUUAAGAAAAAUCCCUUUAUAUUAAAAAUCCCAAGACCAAAAAGAAUGUGAAAGAAGUAAAACUUCGACGUUUUUUCCCCUUUUAGAAUGCAUCAAAUCAUCAAAGACAAACGUAUUUAAUUCUUUACAGGCUCUUUAUACUUAUAUACAACAUUCACGUAUAUUAUUAAUACACGCACCAACAUGCAACAUGUCUCACUAAAGCACUAUGAGACACUAAUCAGAAACAGAAUGACACUGAAAAGUCUUAAAAAGUGUGAAUAGAAACGGACUAUUUGAAUAGUUCCAGGUUAAUUGUCUUUGUAAAAAUUAGGAUUGCACAUAAAAAAGUGAACUGUGAAACAGUUUUUGCUUUUUCCCAUUAAAGCACUUUUGAAAAGUGAUGAAAAAUGUGUCCCUAAAUUAGAAAAUCCCAUUCUUCGUAUUUGUUUCUGAUCCUUAGCUGAUGCCUGAUGUUUACAGAUCUAGAUCUGUGUAAUAAUAACCACUUUGGGUGCUAUUGUAAAGUAGACUUCCUUUAAGUUGUAAACAGUUAUAUUCCUAUUAAGUUUCGUCGAUUACAAACGUAGCUAACAUCUGAGGCAGGAAAACAUGUUUUUUUUUACCACAAUAACUGUGAAUCCAUUUUGCGUGUCUUAGUUUACACCUGUGUAUGUUUCUCAACAGUGAAUUGAAUUUAUAGGAAUUUGACUUUAGACUAAGAUGCACUAAACUGCUUCCAAUGUAAGAAUGUGAAAAAGGAGUUUGACUACAUUUCCAAAAUCAACUAAAAAUGAAAUUUUGCAUUAAAAGAAGUUCAUGAUUCA